GUAAAUGACCUUGACAUAUAACCAGCUGUCUGGGAAAUCUGGGAGGUUCUAGAUCAUUUUAUUUUUUUUACCAAUACAAUGAAUUUCAUGGAUUCAUUUGAAAACUUUUAAAAGUCUAACAAAGCCUAGGUUAGAAUUGCGUUAUUUACAUUAUGAAAUGACAAAACCUACAUCAUUUUCUACUGAAUCUUCUUCUAGUUACAGUUUUUCUACGGAUUAUGAGAGCGUAUUGAACUUUGAAAAAAAGCAAGUUAACAUGGCAGAUAAUAAAGGUUUAUUACUUAAUUUUGUUUAAAAAAUAGGCAAUUCAUCGUUUAUCAUAUAUUUUAUAUCAGUGAUAUCAGAUUGAAUUCAUUUAUACAAAUCGUUCAUCAGAUGACCUAGCUCGUUAUGAUCAGUCAUGUCUAGAAAUGGUGAUCGAAUGUGGACUUAUGCAACAGGCAUUUAUCUUUUUGCACUUGAUCAUGGCAAAUUUAGGCUGGCUGCUAUUUUCGGGGUUUUAUGCGGUAUAUCAGUAUUGCUCUGCGGUGGUUUAAUCGGUAGUUUGGUUGACAGAACUGCCAGGUUAAAAGCUGUAAAAAUCAGUCUGGCAGUGCAGAAUUUAUGCGUAGCCAUUGCUGCCACAGCAUUUUAUUUAUAUCUUUGGUAUUGCGGUAUUUCUAUUGACUGGAGUAAUAAGGAACUUCAACUAAAACAACAGAAAACCUACGUUAAACAAGCAUUGCAUUUCUCAUGGGAAGCUAUGAUUGUGAUUCUAGGAGUUAUGGCUUUAUUAGCCAGCACAGCAAUGAAAAUAGCUAUUGAAAAAGAUUGGGUAAUUAUUGUUGCUGAUACGAAAUCUGGAUUGGCCAGUCUUAAUGCUGUUGUUCGAUCAAUUGAUUUGUCCUGCAAAAUUCUUGCCCCUAUAGCUGUUGGAGGAAUAAUGAGUGCUUUCGGUUUGCAAGUAUCUGCAAUAUUUAUAGCUGCAUGGAAUAUUGUCAGUUUAUUUCUCGAAUAUGCUUUACUGAAGAAGGUCUAUAACUUAGUUCCUCGUUUAGCCAUUAAAGGCACGGAUGAUGCAGUCUUGGUUGAGGAAGAAGUUAAAGUCCAAGAAAUAACUGACAAAGACGUUGAAAUGGAAGAAAUGCUCGAUAAAAAUAAAUUAAAUAAAACCGAAUCGAAUUCUCAAAAUGUAGAAGAAGAAAUACCACUAAAUGACACAAUUUCCGAAAAAGAGGUUGAGGGUAAAGAAAACGAAGGGGAAAAAAUAGAAGCCAAAGUGGAAUAUUUACGACCUAAAAAGAUUAAAAAAUCUUGCGUCCAACUUGUUUUUGGAGAAUUAAUUAUCUUGAUUAAGGGAUGGAAGAUUUAUAUGAAGCAACGGGUCGUUUGCGCUGGCUUGGCAUUAGCCUGUUUAUAUAUGACAGUUUUGGGCUUUGAUUCGGUUACUGUUGCAUAUAUAUACAGUCAAGGGGUCAAUGAAGCACUGACAGGUGUUUGUCAGGGUUUGGGAGGUUUGAUAGGGCUAUGGAUGGCGGAUUUAGUGGUAACACAAUUAAUCCAAGAGAAUGUCGUCGAAACGGAGCGUGGUUUGGUAAACGGAGUUCAAAAUUCUCUUAAUAGUUUGCUUGAUAUGCUAAAAUUUAUACUGGUUCUCUUCUUUGCCACACCAGAAGUUUUUGGCUACUUGAUUAUAUUAUCAUAUAUCUUUGUGAGUUUAGGUUGUAUUUUAUACGCAAGUUACUCGUAUAAAAUGCGUGGUCAUCUCAUUCCGAGGAGAUUAAAAUCCUUUCUACUGUGCCGAUCCCAAAAAACACCCAAUGCAAAUUCUUCACCUAUUUAUAUAGGGCCUCCUCUACAGAAAAAGUCUGAACGGAGCGUUACAGAAACAUAA